CGGGCGGCAGCGGCGGCCCCGAGUGCCGGCGUGCGCGGCCGGGAGAGCAGCGCUGCGAGCCCGCCCGGCAGCCCUGCCGUACCCUGCCCGGCUCUGCCUGCCGCGGCCGCGAUGCGCUCGGAGGCGGCGGCGCAGCUGGGCGGCCUGGAGAUGUUCGCCAGCGCCGGCAAGGGCCGGGGGCUGCGGGCGCGGCGGCGCUUCGCCGUGGGGGAGCUGCUGUUCAGCUGCCCGGCCUACGUGGCCGUGCUGGCCGUCAGCGAGCGCGGCAGCCACUGCGACGGCUGCUUCGCCAGGAAAGAAGGAUUGUCCAAAUGUGGAAGAUGCAAACAGGCCUUUUACUGCAAUGUGGAAUGUCAGAAGGAAGACUGGCCAAUGCACAAGCUGGAAUGUGCCUCCAUGUGCACUUUUGGGCAGAACUGGCAUCCCUCAGAGACUGUGAGGCUAACAGCAAGGAUCCUUGCCAAACAGAAAACUCACCCUGAAAGAACACAGUCAGAGAAGUUGCUUGCUGUAAAAGAGUUUGAAUCACACCUUGACAAACUAGACAAUGAAAAGAGAGAGCUGAUUCAGAACGACAUUGCUGCUCUUCAUCACUUUUACUCAAAGCACUUGGACUACCCUGACAAUGCUGCCCUUGUAGUUCUCUUUGCACAAGUUAACUGUAAUGGCUUCACAAUUGAAGAUGAAGAACUCUCUCAUUUGGGAUCAGCCAUAUUUCCUGAUGUUGCAUUGAUGAACCAUAGCUGCUGCCCAAAUGUGAUUGUGACUUACAAGGGAACCUUGGCUGAAGUCAGAGCUGUUAGAGAGAUUGAGCCUGGAGAGGAGAUUUUUAGCAGCUAUAUUGACCUGCUGUAUCCCACAGAGGACAGAAAUGACCGGUUAAGAGACUCCUAUUUCUUUAGCUGUGAUUGCAGGGAAUGCACUACGAAGGAAAAGGAUAAAGAGAAACUGGAAAUCUGCAAGCUGAAUGAUCCUCCAUCAGCAGAGACAGUAAAGGACAUGAUCAGAUAUGCCAGGAACGUGAUUGAGGAAUUCAGGCGAGCCAAGCACUACAAAUCCCCUAGUGAAUUACUGGAGAUCUGUGAACUCAGCCUGGACAAGAUGGGUGCAGUGUUUGAAGACAGUAAUGUUUAUAUGUUACAUAUGAUGUACCAGGCCAUGGGUGUAUGUCUCUACGUGCAGGACUGGGAAGGUGCACUGUGUUAUGGGCAAAAAAUUAUCAGACCCUACAGUAAACAUUAUCCCUCCUACUCGCUGAAUGUUGCCUCCAUGUGGCUGAAAUUAGGGAGACUGUACAUGGCACUGAAGAACAGGACGGCUGGAGUUAAAGCCCUGAAGAGGGCAAUUGCUAUCAUGGAAGUAGCACAUGGGAAAGAUCAUCCAUACAUUUCAGAGAUCAAAAAGGAAUUAGAGGACCACUGAGCCUUUGAAUCUAUGCAAUCCUUCAAACCUUUAUUUAAAAAGCCUUGUUAUGGAAACCUUCAGGAGCACUUUGAAAAGCGGUAGAGUAUGAACACAGUUCUGUCCUAUAAUUGGAAUGACAAACACAUGCAGGCCUAGCUUCCACACAUCUACAAUUGCCUUUUUUUUUUUUAAGGAAGCAUCCAUGGUUUCUUAAAGGUCAUGCCUUUUGGUGGCCCACGUGCAAAAAUGGCCAUCUUUUUUCUUUAGGGAUGUUGGUGUGGAUUUUAUUUGUGUAAACUAAAUAAAGUGGUCUUGGCCCCUCUUGAUUCCACUUGUACACUUAAAUGGGUGCAAUAGUUUUAUGAUAUGUACUUUUGCCCUAGUAGUAUUGCUUAAUCUGACAAAUUAGCAAAAGCCCUAUUUUUCUGUUGUGGUUUGGUACCCAUUUCUUUUUUUUCUUGCAUCAUUUUUUUUUUUUUGCAGUGGCUUAACUGAGAGAGAGGGGAAAUGGGGUGAUGGAUUCUGUAUGUUUUACAGAAAUGCCACCAAUGUUCCCUCAACCAGUUAGUCUGCAGGUCCAUCACUGCUCCUAGCAGAUGAGGAUUCAUCAUAGCAAAGACCUAGAGCUCAAUUUGUCUUGUACAGAAAGUACUGACACCUAUGUUGGAGCUUGAAGGCUUGCACAAGCCAUGAACUAUGCAACUUCUGGCUUUUUCGACUCCUUUACAAGUUAAAGUGAGUUAGUGCCAAGGAGAACUCAUAUUUCCUUCCUUACAACCCUACCUUCACCUCCAGUGGAUUGCAACUAUUGUAAUAGGUUAACAAUUAUUUUUAAGAGAGGAAGAGGAACAUUUUCUGAGGAAAAAGUCCAGGACUUUACUUUCUCUACCCUUAUAUAAAACAAAAUAAUUUUCCCCCUCCAUUUAGAUCAAUGGCAAGAGUUUGCUUUUAAGGAUGGGGGAAAAAAGAGUGUAGCUGCAAACUUCUAGCAUCAAAAUUGAAAUAUGGUGCAUAAUAAUAUUACCUGCCCAUUCCUUACUGUUGUCACAGCUUAUAAAGUAUGAUGAGAAAGAACACAUCACCCUUAAGAACUUCAUUAUAUUUUCUUUCUUGUAAGCACUGCUCUGAAAAUAAAACUGCUCGAACAAGGCUCUGUCAGCUCAUUUUGCUGGAAUCUUUCAUUGCUCUCCAGCCAGCAGUUGUUGCUGGAAUACAUAAAACUGCACCACGUCUACAAUUCCAGAAAGCCAAGGCCAUUUAAGUACAGCCAAGCCUAGGAAGAGGGCACUAUCUCACUAUUUUUAUCCUAACCUUGUCUUGUCAAAUAAACUUUUGUCAUGGAAUUAAUACCUUUA